AUGGCCCCACCGUGGCCCGCCCCGCGCCUGCUCCUCCUCCGCCGCCUCGCCGCCGCGCGCGCCAUCUCCGGCCGGGCCUACCCGCCGCCCUCCGCCCCCACGUCCACGCCGGAGGCCUUCCACGCGCACCUCGCGUCGCUCGCGGCGCCCUCCCGCGCGGGCCACCCGGCCACGCUCCCGUCGCUCCUCGCCGCGCUCGCCCGCGCCCGCGCCGCGCGGCUGCCGCUCCUCCCGGCCACCCGCGCGCUCGCGGCCUCCGCGCUCCUCCGCCACGGCCGCCUCCCCGACGCGCUCGCGCACUUCAGCCUCCUCCCGGACUCCGCCGCGCCGCCCGCGCCGCUCGCGCCGCUCUGCAACUCCCUGCUCGCCGCGCUCGCGUCGUCCGGGUCACUCGCCGCCGCGCGCAAGGUGUUCGGCAGAAUGCUGGCCAGCGCCGCCGAGCUGGACACCGUCGGCUUCGGGGUUUUUGCGAAGAGUGUGGGCAGGAGGGACGGGUUGGACGAGGUCCUGCGGCUGGUGGACGCGGUGCACCAUCAGGGGGAUUCGAUCAACAAGUCUGUUGUCGCGGCAAUGGUUGUCGAUGGUCUGUGUCGGGAGCGGAGGAUAGAGGAUGCUUGGCGGGCUUUGGAGGAUAUGAGGUUGCGUGGAUGGAAGCCAGAUUUUGUAGCGUACAGGAUUGUGUCCGAGGGGUUCAGGUUAUCAGAGAGGGCAGAGGAGGAAGGGAGGAUCUUGAAGCAGAAGAGGAAGCUCGGUGUUGCACCAAGAAAGGAGGACUACAGAGAGGUUUUGCUUGCGCUGGUGUCUGGCAGGCAGAUUUCUGACGCGAAGGAGAUGGCGGAAGCGAUUGUAUUAGGCGAUUUCCCAAUUGAUGACGAUGUGUUGAAUCUCUUGGUUUGUUCGGUGUCAGAGGUUGAUGCUGAUGCUGCAAUUAUGUUCUGCAAGUUCAUGAUAGGGAAAGAGAGAUUUCCAAGUAUACAGAUGAUCGUACAACUUUGUGAGGGCCUUUGCAAGAAUGGCAAGGGCGAUGAGAUGUGGGAGAUGUUUAGAGUGCUUUUGGAUAAGGGCUACUGCACAAGUGAGAGGGACUACCAUUUGGUGGUGUCAUUCUUGGGCAAGGCAGGGAAGGUCAGAGAGGCAUAUGAUGUGAUAAAGGAGAUAAAAAGGAAGAAGCUAGAUCCUGGCAUUUCAUCAUACAAUUCUCUCAUGGUAGCACUCUGCAGAAAUGACCUCCUUAGGCCUGCUAAGAAGCUGUGGGAUGAGAUGUUCACCAGUGGGUGUAGUCCAAAUCUGCAGACCUACAAUAUACUUAUAACAAAAUUUGCAGAAAUUGGUGAAAGUGAACAAGUCCAACAGCUGUUUGAUCACAUGGUCCUGAAAGGAGUGGCACCAGAUAGUACAACAUACACAUCAGUCAUUACUAUGUUGUGUCAAGAAAACAAAUAUGAACAGGCUGAGGAGAUCUUUAACAAAUCUGUAGCGCAGGAUCCUAAACUAGCUAGUUCAGUGUUAACUGUGUUUGUCAUUGCACUCUGUAAACAAGGUGGCUUCAAAGCAGCAGUGGGUGUUAUGUCAAGUCUUCCAUCCAAUAUUGAGAGCUUUAAUUCACAUGUCAUUCUGUUGAAGUGCCUAACAGAUGUUGAGGAAAUAGAAAUGGCUUCUGAGCACAUAAAGUGGCUUAGGCGUUACUGCAGCUCUGCUUUUCAGAAUAUAAUGAAUGAACUCAUGGCUUCUCUUUCCACUUCUGCUAGCCUUCAACCUGUCAGAAAGUUGGUCUGUUACUUACAUUCUCAGGGGCUUGUUAAUGAAGUUGGCCCAUGGAUGAAAUUGAUAGAAGAUGAUUAUGCUUGA